AUGGCUGACUCGGGACCUAGUAAAAGCGAUAUUGAAGCGGUUUUUCAGAGGUUACGAGCAAUCCCUUCAAAUAAAGUAUGUUUCGAUUGCAACGCCAAAAAUCCUACGUGGUCAUCAGUGACGUAUGGUGUGUUCAUCUGCUUGGAUUGCUCAGCCGUGCAUCGAAGUUUGGGAGUGCAUCUGACCUUCGUACGUUCCACUCAGCUCGACACAAACUGGACAUGGAAACAGCUGAGGAAUAUGCAGCUUGGCGGGAACGUGAAUGCGACACAAUAUUUUCGCACCCAAGGUUUGGUGACUGAAGAUGCUCGACAAAAAUACAGCUCCCGUGUUGCUCAAAUGUACAGGGAUAAAUUAAAUGCUUUAUCGGAGCAGGCAAUGAAAACAUAUGGUACUAAGCUUCACCUAGACCCUGCACCUGCCGAGGCUAAAGAAAAGGAAAAGGAACCAGAGCGUGAGGUAGACUGGUUCGCCCUGCAUGGUGAUGCCUCCAACACUAACACUAACCAGUCUAGCCUAAAUGCACAGGCGGCAGCAGCGGGCGGUGGCAACCUCAGCUCAGAAGCGCGACUAUGGGGUUCCGGCUCACCCGCCUAUAAGAGCAGCCAGCCGGCUGCGCGUCGUCCUGGGCUGGGCGGUCGCAAAGGCGGUCUGGGCGCAACCAAAGUGGCGACCAAUUUUGAGGACAUCGAGCGUGAAGCAAAGAUGGCGGAGAAACUGAAAAUAGAGGCCGCCGAGGGUUCGCGCGCCGCCACGCUGGAGUGCGUGGAGCGCGAGAUGUCGCGGCUGAGCUACGGCCACGGCCCGUCCCCGGCCGCCGCCCGCUCCGACCGGCCCGACCGCCACCGCCUCGGCAUCGCCGGCGCCGCAGCGCCCUCUGCGCGCAACAAGCCUCACGGUGGCGUUUCGCACUCAGCGAUGUCGGACAUGACAACCAUAGAGCAAGAGGACGCGCCCACCGGUCGGUCCUCGUCGCCCACCUCUCGCUCGCAUCUAGACGACCUGGACGACUUCAACUCCGUCUUCACCAUGAUCAGGAACGAGCCGUACGGCGGCGGCAGCAGGCCGGCGGAGGGCGAUGGCGGCUGGGAGCGCAUCGAGCCGGAGCCGCAGCGCGCCGUGCGCACCAUGUUCGAGGCGGAGGCCAGGCCGGCGCCCGCCCCCGCCCCCGCCCCCGCCCCCGCGAGGGGCGGCGCCGCCGCCCGCCGCGCCCAGCCCGACGCGGACGACGACUCGGCCGUCAAGAAGUUCGGCGCCGCCAAGUCCAUCAGCUCGGCGCAGUUCUUCGGCGAAGUCGACUCGCGGUGGGAGCGCGACGCCAACCUGUCCCGCUUCCAGGGCAGCUCGAGCAUCUCUUCGGCGGAGUACUUCGGCGACGAGCGGCCCCAGCGCCAGCCCGCCUUCACGGUCUCCGCGCCCAACCUGGACGAGGUGCGCGAGUCGGUGCGCGCCGGCGUGACGCGCGUGGCCGGCCGCCUCUCCUCGCUGGCCAACGGAGUGGUCUCCUCCAUCCACGAGCACUACGGCUAC